UGAGUUAGAAUUAUGUUUCAGAAACAAAUCAUUUCAGAAUUUAAAGUCACUUUUACAUGUUUGUCUGUCAUCUAUUCAGAAGAUGCCCGCUAGGAAAAGUGAAAGGUCAACUGGGGGUUCCUCAGAGAAGAGCGCUACCAACGGAGGUAUUCAUUUAAAGAAAGCCCAGUCUACGAAAACCAAAAGAAAGCCAACUCAGAAGAAAUCAAAUUCAAAGUUAGAAAAGACAUCACUUGUUGAAAAUAUCACCAAAGAAGUUAAGUUGGGCGGAAGUUCUUCCGGAAAUGUCAGGAAAACCGGAAGUUCACAAAUUAACGGAAGUUCCGUCGCUGAGCGAACAUUUCAACAUUUUGCUGGAUGUCAUGUCUCAGCUGCCGGUGGAGUUGAUAAUGCAAUAAAAAAUGCACUGGACGUGAACGCAAAAUCAUUUGCACUGUUCCUACGAAAUCAGAGAUCUUGGACAGCUAAACCACUCGAUUUAGAGGUUGCGGCGAGGUUUAAAGAAUUGUGUGUCCAGCACAACUUCCCACCUCAUCUAAUUAUUCCUCAUGGAUCAUAUCUAGUCAAUUUAGGAUCGCCCAGCAUAGAAACAAGAGAGAAAUCAAUUCUAACUUUUAUUGAUGAACUUAACAG